GUGCAGAGGACAACACGGGUUGGAACAUCCAAAACAAGGAAAAAGGAAAAGAACAACACAAUGAUCCUGCAAAGGAAAGAAAGAAAGACAAUACGACUGCCAAUGAUGCAAGAUUUGAACAGCCACUUAUCUUCUCCCCUGAGUUACCCUCUGAAACAGUUUAACUAGAAAUAAAUUCAGUACUGGGAAGUAAUGAAAACAGAAGAUGGCAACUUUAUCAGAGAAUGUCUCCAGUGGUGCAAAAAUUCUAAAUCAUGAAAAACAAAGCGAUGCCCACAUGCGUUCACCAUUUCAGCUCACUAAAACAAAGGAAAAUCCCUUGAAAAUUAUGUCCUUGCCAGCAAAUGUUCCAGCAGGUAAUGAAACUACCACAUUCUUUGAUAUGCCACCCACACCUUCAACAGCAUCAUCCGAAGCAUCAGAACCAACAGUUUCUAAAAGUUUAAUUAGUCCUAGUCCAUUUUCAUUAAGUGUAAAAAAAGUUGGAAGCAUUGGAUUGAGUAGUAGUUCUGCACUGUCAUCAUCACCACUAUCUUAUAGCCUGUCAACAUCUGGUGGAAAAGAAAGUUUAUCACCAGAAAAUAAAAUUUUGGAAAUGCAGAAAGAAAUUUCCAGCUUAAAAAAAGAUAUAGAAGCCAAAGAUGCUAAGCUUAGUUCAAGCAUGAAAAGUAUAAAACAGUUUUGGAGUCCUGAAUUAAAAAAGGAACGAGCAGCACGGAAAGAAGAAACUGAAAAGUACAUUUUACUUAAAGAAAAAUAUCAAAUAUCAAAUACACAGAUAGAGGAAUACACAAAAACUCUUGAAGAUCUGGAAUCUGAAUUAAAGUCGCAACAACAGCAAAUUAAUAUGUUGAACAAAGAAUUGCGAAAUGUAAAAGAUGAAAAGGAAUUUAUUGCAAAACUAGAAGAGCAACUGAAUGUUUUGGCUGAAGAGAAACAAAAUCACGAAAAAGAAAUCACAAUUCUAAAUAGCACUCUUGAUGAAUUACAACACAAAUAUAAACUGUUGGAAGAAGAUUGUAAUGACAAAAAUAAAUGUAUUAGUGACUUAGAAAUUAUCCUUGUUGAACAGGAGAGAAAAGAAAAAGAGCAUGAGGGCAAUAAGAAAGAACUAGAAGUACUUUACACAACUAUUAGUAGGCGUGAAAGUGAAUUUAGAAAUUUGCAAAAAGAACUUUCGGAAUACCAGGAGGAGGUGCAAAGACUUCAAAAGCUUGGAGAAAAUGACUAUGAUAAAGAAAAGAAUGUUUCAAAGUAUAAACAAGAAAUUACUUUAUUAAGCGAAACAGUCGCUCAUCUGGAGGAUAAACUUACAAAACAAGAGCAGUUAUUCGAAAUCACAAAAAUUGAGAUUGAAAAACUUUGUCAAAAGGAUGAAGAAAGCACAGAACGCAUAAAUGAAUUAGAAGAAUUGUUUCUUGUUAAGGAUAAAGAAUAUGAUAAAUUGCAAGGGGAGUUAGAAUCUUUGGAAAGAAAGUUUGAAGAAAAUGAGAUGGAUAAACUAAACAGUGAACGAAAGAGUUCUACACCAGCUGAGAUAGAAUGGCUUCGAGAUGUAUUGCAAUCAAAAGAAAAAGAAUUAUGUGCUGUUCAGAAGAAGUUGGUCACAAUGAGAGGAAAACUUCAAGAUGCUGAAAAACUAAGUGAAAAUUUCGAACAGCAGUUAAAGAAAUUAAAGGCGAGUGAUUCCGCAACAGAACUGAGGGAAAUCAUUUUACAAAAGGAAAAAGAUAUAAAUGACGUCGCGGUGAAGUACGAAAAACUUGAUAAGUAUUUAGCAGAAAGAGAAGUCGCCCUGGAACAUUCUCGGGAUGAGUUAAAAGAACUGAAAGCUAAAUGCUCAAGUUUUAAUAUCAUUAAAGAUCAAUUAGAGAAUCAAGUUUAUGAACAAAAAGCUUUGAUUGAUCGUUUGCAAAAACAAAAAGAUAGAUUUGGUGCACCGAAGGAAGAAACAGUGUCACUUGUUAUUUUUGAUGAGCUGAAAAACAAGAAUGAAAAACUCCAGAAAAGUUUCGACGAGAAAGAAAAAGCGGUGCAAAGCUACCAGGCGCAACUCGAAAAAAUAAACAAAAGGAUAAAAGAGAAAGACGGUUUAAUCACCUCCUUACAAAAUGAUGUAACCGUUCAAUCAGAUAAAUUGCAAGAAGAGCAAGAACGUACAAAUAAGCUUCAAAUUGAAAAAGACAAAAUUGUAAAAGAAUUGAAUGUUAGCAUGCAAAAGAUGUUAGAGAUCGAGAAGCAUCGGACCCGUUCAGCGUCCGAAGGACGUUCAGUAUCACCUGUGAAAGAUAACAAAACGACUAAGCAUCUUUGGGACGAACUUUCUAAGAAAGAAUCAAGAAUUGAAGAACUUGAGAAGCAAAUUAAAGAAAAAAAUCGACAAAUCACAACAUUGAAAAAAGCUCAAAAUUUGGAAAAAGAAAAACAACAUCAAAAGCUUAACGAAAGCAAAAAAUCGGAAUUAUCAAUUCAGAUCCAUGAGCUUCAGGAAGAGAAUGAGAAAAGGCUUACGCGGAUUACGAUGCUUGAGGAUGCUCUAAGAGAAAGUGUGAAUAUAGCCGCGGAACGAGAGGAUAUACUAGCUCGCCAUGUUGAAAUGUCGGAGGAGGCUGCCAAAAAACUCACCGAGUCUGAGGGAGAAUAUGACCGCAUAGUUGUGGAAAAAGCAAUUACAAAUAUUAAAAAUGCGUUUUUGAUUUUGUCACUGAGCGAGCGUGAUGCGUUGAUCGCUUCUAUGAAGGCGACAAAGACGCUACACAUUGAAGAACUUCUCAAUAUUAAACAAGAGGGAUUGUUGGUAUCAAUCUCGGAAAAAGACACGCAAAUAGCUCAUCUGGAAUUAUCUUCGCCUAAAACCAAGCGGCAAGAAAUUAAAAAAAUGAAAGCUGAAAAGGAGAAGUUCGUUUUAGAACUGAAAGAACAAAACAAUGUUCGAAUGACCAUGCUAAACAAUGAAGAAAACAAAGAACAUCUCAUCAUAAAUGAGCUAAAAGAUGCACCAGCCGAAAGGGUCUAUGAAGCGAUUCGCCAUCUAUCGAACAGUACCAGCAAAUUGGAGUUUUAUAUAGAGGAAUUGAUGUCAUUUUUGCGCGAGAAAAAUGUGGAGUUAUUAAAAGAUAUGCUUAAUGUUCCUCGUAAGAAAGCACGCUCUAUUGGAAAACUAAAAAAUUCUUCGAAGGAUGAACUAAUGAAAGAAUUGCGAUUUGUGGAGGAAGACAGCGUGCAACUAAAGAAAUACGUAGAAUCGCUACUAGAUAAAUUGGAGGGUCCAGCGUGAUAUUUACGUUAACCGCUUCAGAAUUUUUGAGCCGUCUUUAAUAGCGUUAUUUCUUAAAUUAUUGCUAUUUUAGUAUUGUUUCUGCGAAUUAUUUUUUUUUAAACCUUUUAUAAAAAAAGUUCUCUAUUUUGUUCUCUUUAGAAUACUAACAUAUUCAACGGUUUUUUCAAGCUAUGCGCGAGCACCCAUGUAAUUUUUGUAAAAAAAUGCAUUAUUUAUUCAUUUUAAAAACAAAUAAGCAUAUUUACCGCCAUUAAAGCUCUUCUAAAGUUUUAAAAAAAUUCUUGUGUUUUUACAAGAUUGUUUGUUUGUUACUUUUUGCUACAGCACUUCUUGUUUUGGAGAAGUGCUGAAACUUUCUUGAGCUUUGCAAAUUUUGUCCAAAUUCUGGAAAGUUUCUGUCAGCAAAGUCUUCGCAUGUACAGUAGAAAUUUUGUGUUCAUCAGUGAGCUCUAAGUUGUAUUUAUAUGCUUAGGUAAUUUAUCUAACUCUUAAAUAACUUAUUAUUAUCGUUUGUUGUUGCUGUUCGUUGUUUUUGUAAUGGUUGUUUUUAUGUCGUUUUGUUAUGCUUCCAUGGAAAUUUCUUUUUAAUGUAUUUUGACCGUUAGUUUUAAAAUUUGUAUCAGAGUUAUAUAUGAAUAAAUUUUGGCGUGAAGAAAAUUGGAGGAAACAAAAUUAACGGGAUUUAAUUUUGCGGAUGAGAAAAGACAACACGGAUUAAAAGAUAUGCCUUUGAUUACGACCUUCAUAAAAAUAAAAUUGUAAAAGAAUUAUUACAAAAUUUUGCGCUGGUAGAAAGAAUUAUAAAAGAUCCGAAGUUUGGGGGCCCGAGAUCAGCAGUCUUUGCAGUUAGGAAGGUUUAAAUUUGAUUCCUAGUCGAGUUCGGAGCUAAAAUAAUUCUGAGUGUCUGAAAAGAUGUAAUACUUAUUAAUUUUAACUUAAUAUUAUUUUUAGAUUCCUAUUCAGCCCUAGUCACUCCAGGGCCAACGCUUUUGGAGGCCCUUUAGGUAUUAAGGUGGCAGUAACCCUUUUUUAGCUGUCCAAAUAACUGGAUUAUUUACUCAGUGUUUUAUAUAUAUAUAUAUAAAUUUUCUUUACUAUUACUCGAAAUUAUGGACCUUAACACGUAUGAAAAGGAUUUUUGACUUAUUAUCUAAAUUGCUGAGUCAGCAGAAAUGUUCA